GCACCGUGCGAGGCGGCGAUGGCGGACCACGUGGAGAGGUUCCAGGUGGCUUGGCUGCGCUACCGAGUGCCCGGGCCCGUUCUGUACCAUCAAAGAUUGCUCUUGAAGCAGCUCCGGUCGUCAGGUGACAGCUGGGUGGUGCUGACGCCCGAUGGUGACAUGUACGUGGAGGAUCUAGAGGUGAACGACGACGUCCGGGAGGUGCUCUACGAUAACACUCCUGGCGUGGAGCCCGCGCAGGUGCGUGGCCGCGGCUACAGGUUCGGCCAGAUGCCCGCGGCCGACGGCCUCAGGAGGCUGGCGCAGCAGGCGGAGACGCUGCGGGACCAGGAGGACGCCGUGCGGGGGUACCGGGCCCCGGCGGAGGGAGCCGGCAGCCUGGGCGGCUUUGAGCCGGUGGGGGGCACGGAGACCCCGCGGGGUGCGCCAGCCCUGCCGCCGCCGCUCCCGCCGCCUUCCGAGGCGCCAGGCCCCCCGGGGCGCUGGGUCAUCGCCGUCGACACGGGCGAGGGCAAGGUGGGCGACUCCAUCGCUGUUGCGGACGCGUCGCGGGUGUCGGGAGACACGCGCAUUGGCGUCGCUCAGGUGUCGAACGGGGCCUGGGUGUUCGUGGAGCGUCUCCUUGACGGUGAGGCCAAGGAGGAGUACCUCGACCAGACUGCCGGGCGUCGGGGAGCUGGUGACGGCAACCUCGAUACGCGGGUGCUGCCGGUGACUUACAAAUCCUCGAGCGUGCGCCAGCGCCUCUGGAGGGAGACGGUGGCGAAGAUGGCUCAGGUCGCGUUCUCGGACUGGCCGCUGCCGGGGCCGCGCGCCGUUGACUGGUGCGCGCGCUUCGUGGACCGCCGUGGGGGCGGCCCGGUCGACCACCACCGCUGGUGGGUCGGCCAUCUCCGCCUGCAGGGCGCGGACUUCGGUGUGCAGGAGCACGAGCACGGCAUGCGGGCGUUCCAGUUCAUUGGGGAGUACGACCAGGUCGACCUCCCCAACCUGGUGGGCUUGGAGGUCACGCUCCGCCGGUGCCAGCUCAUCGAGUACCACUACGAGAAGAAGGGCAAGGCAGCCACCGGCAAAGAGCAGGGUGCUGGGCUGUCGCGCGAGGAGGCGGCCUACUUCACUGGCUCGCACAGGCUCGGAGGAUGGCUGAGCCAGCUCGAGGGCGGCAGGAUGACCCCGACCUGUCCGCCCGCCUGCCGCAGGGGGAGCGCCAGCGACUUCAGCAAGCUGGUGCGGUUUUUGGUCAGCGCGAUGCUCUACCUCUUCAUGCUGAAGGUCAGGCGCCGCGUCGAGGCCCGCUCGCGCGCCGACCAGUGGUGCGCGGACGUGGCACGCUCGUUGAAUGAGAUAGGAGGGCACCUGUGCAAGGAUACGGGCGUAUGCCGCUCCAGCCGCUUCUGGCCGCGUGUGCACGACCUCGGCAUGGCCAAUGUGAGAGCCAGUGUCGAGCGGUGGGGGCGGCCGCCAGCCGACCUCGCCAGCCAGGGGGCCUUUGAUGAGCUCCGGGCAAACCACAGCUACGAGGGCGCGCCUGUGGCUGUGGCGCCGAUGGACAUGGGCUUGCUCAGCCUGAGCGGGGCCGGCGCCCCUGCCGACCUGGCCCAGCUGCUGCGCGAUGGCCGCUCUGAGGUCCGCGGGUUUGUAAAAGGCUUUCUCUUGCCAAAGGAUCAGGCGGAUGUGCGUCUCGGCCUCGAGGGAGUGCCGCGCCGUCCCUACUCCGACCCUCUGCUGCACCGGCCUCGAGAGUACGAGCGUCUCUUGGCUAUCAUGUCAAGCAAAGGGAUGAUCGAGUUCUCUGUCGACGUGGUCGAGACUUGCGGCCUUUUUAGUGCAUGGGAAAAGAGCGGGAAGCAACGCCUCAUCAUUGAUGCCCGCCGAUCGAAUCGUUGGUUCAAGGACCCCCCCAAGACCCACCUGGCCUCGGGGGACUCUUUCGCUCGCCUCUUUGCUGCUGCCGAUCUCACUCUCGAGCUCGGGCAGACUGACAUACAGGAUGCCUUCUAUCAGCUUGCUAUGCCGGUCGAGCUUCGCCCGUGCUUUGGACUGGCGCCCGUUCGAGCCGGCCGUGUAGGGGUGUCUGUCACUGUCGAGGGAUCCCAGGUCUCACCCAGCACGCUUGUCUACCCACGUCUCUGUGUCCUGGCGAUGGGGUGGACCCACGCCCUGAAUUGGUGCCAGCGGGUGCUUGAAGACAUCAGCUCCCGGGUCCCUGGUCUUGGGGUGGAGUCCAGGAUCCAGGAUCGCCGUCGCCCUCCCUCGCUCUCCCCUGUCGCUCACUCCGAAUACGUCGACAACUUUGUUGCCCUCUCCCAGGUCCCGGGAAACGCCCGAGCUGCGGCCCGCGGUGUGGCCGAAGAGCUGCGCCUCGCCGGGUUGCGCGCUCACCCUGUCGAAGCGGGGCCGGGGGGUGAGGCUCUAGGUUGGUUUUUCUCGAGCGAGCGCCUUGGGCGCCCCAAGCUCUCGGGGGAGGAUCUGGAGGCCCUCGUGGGGCACUGCGCGCGCGCCUUCCUCGUGCGUCGUGAGUUGUUGUGCUGCUUCAACGCUGUGUACGCCUUCAUCGCAAGACAUCGACACGAGCGGGUGCCUCUGUGGGAUGUGGUGCGUAAAGAGCUCCGAUGGGCCUCCCAUCUAGUGUGCUUCUGUUGGCGUGACCUGUCGGCUUCCGUCUGCCCCGUGGUGGUGUCGAGCGACGCGUCGGAGCGGGGGUGCGGGGUCACCGUCUUGGAGGGGGACAAGGGCGACAUCGUAGAGGCUAUGAAGUACUCGGACAGGUGGCGAUUUCGUGACGGCUCCGGAGGGGCCCGUGUGCAGGCUGCUGAGCUGAUCGAGAAGGCCCUGGCUGGCCACCGCGUCCCUGGAGAGCGUGACGAAGGAGCUGAGCCGGGCGCCGUCGCGGACGGCGAGGCGGACUGGGGCCCCGAAGGAGGUGAUCGAGUCCCACUGGUCCCCGAGAGGCUCCUCAAGGGUAAGUGGUCCGUGGUGUGCUCUCGCCCCUGGCAGCGCCCCGAAGGUAUGCCCGUCCUCGAGGUGCCGGUCCUGGCCCGCGUGGCGCGGCCGCUGCCGAUCCAGGUGGCUCUCCCGAGCGCCCUCUCGGCCGACGGGGCUCUGCCGCGGCGCGUGGCGACGCCGCCGCGGACGCGAGGGCCGGCGCGGAGUGGCCGGGCGGAGGGCCCGGCCGCCGCUCCUGCCUCUCCGCGCCGCGCGGGGAUGCCCGCGAUGGCGCCCGCGAGGCGGGCCCGCCGCAGCGCGGCCAAGGCCGCGGCCGCGCGGGCUCCCGCCCGCAGGCGCUGGGCGGUGAGCGGGGCGCCGGCGGCCUUCAACCGCGUGAGCUUCCUGCAGCUGGAGAGUGUCAGGCCGCGGGCGCGGGGGCUGUGCCAGACGAGCUGGGACCUCUUCGCGGACUGGGCCCGGGGGCGGAAGCUGCCGAUCGAGACGGAGGACGACCUCGAGACGGCCGUGCUGGACUACUUCGACUGCAAGUACUUCGAGGGCGUCCACUCGAGUUUAGGGAGCCGCCUGGUCUGUGCCGUGUGCUACCUGCGCCCGGAGCUCAGCCGCCAGCGCGGUGCGAGGCUGGCCCGCGUCCGGCAGGCCUUGCGGGGCUGGAGCCUGCGGUCUCCGAGCCAGUCGCGCCUGCCGACCCCGUGGGAGGUGGUGUGCCUGAUCGCGGACCUCCUGGUGCGGAAGGGCCGGUGGGGCAGGGCCGCGGCGAUCGUGAGUUCGUUCCAGCGGCGCUGGGCCCUGGUGCUGCACCCGAUGGAGCUCGGGCGGCCGUCCAAGAUGCAUCGCUGGGACGACUCUCGGAUCCUCGGUCUCGACGAACACCAGUUCUUCGCCCCAGUGCUGGCUCGGCUGCGCGGCCCCGGCGAGGGUUCCGAGCGAAGGCUGUUCAGCUUCGACUACCCGACGUGGGCGCGGGAGUACCGUCAGACUGGACUGGAGCUGGGCUUGGAGGUGCUGGGCCCGCCGACCCUCUACGGCCUUCGACGCGCAGGGGCGAGCCUGGACUACGCGCUGGGUCGCCGCACGAUGCUCGAGAUCCAGCGCUGCGGGAACUGGGCGGCCGCCAACUCGAUGAGGAGGUGCCAGAAGGCCGGGCGGCUGGCCGAGCAGCUUCACCUGCUCGCCCCAGGCGCGCGUCAAGCCGCGCUCCGAUGCGCCGCGCGGAUUGGCAGCAUCCUGGCCGG